CUCGCCUUCGGCUGGAGACGUCACGACGCAGUCACGCAGCUCAGAGUCACGUGAAAUUCACAGCAAAUGCCUUAAUUGAAUGAUUUCUGGGCUUCUGUCGUUGUAAUUUUCGCUAAUUUAUCUUAACAUUACGUUAGGUUUAGUAAUUAAUCUAGACAAAAUCCACAAUGGACGAGGACGGGCUGCCUCUUGUAGGGUCUGGAGUGGAUCUUACCAAGGUUCCUGCUAUACAGCAGAGAAGAGUUGUUGCUCAUCUCAAUCAGUUUGUCGUGCACACGGUCCGCUUUCUUAACAGAUUCUCAACAGUUUGUGAAGAGAAACUUGCAAACAUAUCCCUACGCAUACAGCAGAUUGAAACAACCCUGUGUAUUUUGGAAGCCAAGCUGUCCUCCAUUCCUGGACUAGAGGAUGUCACAGUAGAGGGACUCAGUCAGCAGCAAACUGCACAGACAAACGGACCCAUUACCCCUAGCCAAAGCCAAACAGAUGGUCAAGAAACACGGUCAGCUCCGGCCGCUCAGCCUGCUCAGAGCUCAUCUGAAGCUGCACCUGUGCAAGCAGCAGCAGCAGCCGCUGCAGAGGUCGUAGUGGAAAAUGUCAUGACAGUCGCCAAGGACCCCCGUUAUGCCCGGUAUCUGAAAAUGGUUCAAGUGGGGGUUCCGGUGAUGGCCAUAAGGAACAAAAUGAUCAUGGAGGGUUUGGAUCCCAACUUGCUUGACACACCUGAAGCCCCUGUGCCUGAUGGAGCAACGAAGAGCGCAGGAGACGAGGAUGUGGCGGCCACCAGCUCUGACAGUGAAUCCUCGUUCAGCGACUGACGCCCUCUGUCCUCGCCACUGCAGAGCUCCCUCUAACAGUCACCCAUCAGCAUUUGCACUUCUAAAACCCCGUUGUGAAGCUCUGAAGGAUGAACAGCAAAGAAGAAGCAAACCAAGGAGAUGAAGAGACUGUGAUUUGAACGAACUGGAAUAGAUCUACUAAAUAUCUGUGAACACGAGUUCGAUCCAUCGUUUCCAUUUUGAAAUGUAUUUUCUUCAUGACAGGAGUGUUUUUCGGGGGACAGCAGGCGUACAAAAAAAGAAUGCUAUCAUGUAGUAGUUGGAGGGGUUCGUGGUGAUGACUUGACUAUAACAGAAUAAUGCCUUAAAGAAAUACACCUAUGAGCCGAAACAUUAGCGCCUCUCGCUUAGUGUUGUAUUGCCUGCUGGAGGAAACACAGAACCCAAGACCUGUGGGGUGUCUUGUCACGCCUUGUUCAGCAUCCUUAGAACUGUUCGGUCUAAGAUUUGGAGAGUUUUUUAAAAAACUGGUCGAUGCCUUGAAUAAUCUCUGUUAUAUUGCAUGCAGUCAGGUUUUAGCCCACAAAACAUUGCAUUUUGAUGAGAGAAAUGGUUUUAAUGUUGUUUCCAUUUGUUUAAACGCUUUGUCUAUGUAUACUUUUUUUUUUUGCGUCCAUGUCUGGCUCUAAAUAUAGUACAAAUGAAAAAUGUACAAUAUUAUGAAUGUAAACCCACACAGAUCUUUCACAAAAGGAAAAGUGUCAUAACAACUUUAAUUGUUUCAUGAUAUUUUAAAUGGUAGCAGGUAUGUGCUGCCUUGCUGUCUUUCCGGUACUCCGAAUGAAAACAUUUUUCCUUUAACAUUUCUGUAAGUUUUGCCUGAAAAGAACAGUUUUCCAGACUAAACAAACUUGCACUAAACACUAAAAGGCAAAAUGGUCACAAAUACACCUCUGACCAGACAAAAUUUAGAAAUUGAAGUUUCAUGCGUUGGCUACUCCAAGAACUCUUUCUCAUGGAAUUGAUCAAAAUGUAUUAGCAGAGGACAGAGAAAGUAAAAUUGUUUUGGAAUUAAAAAAAUGUACCAUGAAUGUUUGUAAUAUAAAAGUUGAAACAGACAAGUUUUGGCCGUCUGACUGUAAAAUAUGUGAUUUUUGCCUCAAAUGAAGAUAAAGUGAACACGUUUUUUUUUUUUUUAGAUAAUUUUAUUUGUCAAACACGUUAUGUAAUAUAAAGCAUACAGUACAUGGUGUUACCACAAAAGGUAUUAAAUCACGAAAAUACAUUUUCCCUUGUGAACGCAGCAUUUGUAGUGAACAUUUGGACUGUGCACAGAAUUUCAGCAGCGCCUGUGUUACAACAGCGAUCAGCCACAAGUUCACCAGCAAGAAACAUCUACUCAUGAUUGCAUAAUCUGGCCAACAGUAUCUCCAAACACCAUAACCAGAUGGUGUGCUCAAGCUCUCCUGACCUCUUAAAGCAAAUAUUUCAGACACUUUUCAAUUCUGUUCCCUUGUGUUAGGCCAAUUCCAAAACAAACUCCUCCUGUGCAGAAGGGGUCUCUUAUCUCCUCUGCUUUCCUUUAGGGAAUGUUUGAGAGACUGUUCUCAGUGCACUUUGUUUACACGACUGGAACGUGGCCCAGCGUGGUUUAGGGAGGAACAGAUCAGGUUCACUUGGUGUGAACUGCGUUGGUCAGGACAGAGGCAACUUUCGCGUCUGCCCUGGCUUAAUGGUCCCAGACACAAUGAAAAGCAGCUGGAGGGAUGGAGGGGGCAUACCACAGAUGUAGCAAAGCAGUUGAUUUAAAGCACCAAAGUACCUACAUGGGAAGUAAUAUAGAUUUUUUAAGGGGGUGGUAUUGAAGGCUCAUUUAUUUAUCUGCAGCUUAGCUCUAAUGUUCAAACUAGAAGAGUGUCAGCAUUUCAAAACACAUGACAUACAUUUACAACUCUUGAUAAAUCUUUCAGGGUCAAAAGUUUAAACAUUUGAAUCCACUGCUUCCAGACAGAGGAUAGACAGAGCAUCCAAACUGCAUCAAUUCCAGUCUUCAGUCGAAGUUUACUUCAUUACUAAAUUAAGUUUGGCUGAAGAACAGAGUAAACCUAAUUUUUACAAAGCACACAUUCUUUAAACGCACAAAAA